UUAAUAAAAUAUUUAAUAUUUUCGAAUUAUUAUAAAUAUGUUCUAUAUAUUCGUUAUUAAAUACGGAUAAAGUGUGCUGUUAUCCUGUGUAAUUAAGGUGAUACGUGUUCUUCAGUUUUUUUGUAAUAUAAAAUUAGAAAAAUGUCUCUUAGCACAGUACAGAAGAAUAUAUAUUUACUCGUAAAAAUGCUCAGUGACAAGCAUAUGAUGUUAUUUGAUAGUAGAUAUGAUAUUUUUAGCCAAUUUACAUGCCUAUUUUUAUGAAAUUAUAUUCGAAAUCAAUCGAUCAAAUUAUCUACGUUCCUUUAAGGAGAUUUGUUUCUAACUUCACGCGAUAUAUUGCUCAUGUAGUCUUUUCAUGAUUUUACGCGUGAAUGAUAAUCGCAUAUUUUGGUUAUGUUGUGUAAUAAUAUAUAUCGACAAAUUUUUAAAGAACAUGAAGAGAAAAAAAAAAAGACAUUUUAUGUUUUUGUAAUAGUAAUAUAAGAUUAUUUUUGGUUAUUCUUAGAGGGAAAUAUAAAAAUAAGAGAUCAUAUACGUAUAAGUAUCUGUCUUCGUUACACUUUAAACUUUUUGCGCAUCGUUACCCUGAUUCUAGCAGAAGAGUCUCGUCUUUUAAAUCGACUCCCCGCGCGAGUUUUCUUUGUCGUGUGCGCAGUACUCUGCGCAGUAAACAAGCUGCGCUAGUACGUAUAAGGUGUGUUAUUCAUCGAUAUACACAUAUAAUCAAAUAACACAUUGGUUGAACGUUUUUCCUCGCGUCGUGAAUGUGAAAUAAUUUUACGUACAUAUGCGGCACGUAUUGUUCGAUUGCAUAAGAAAUUUGCGAUUAAGGAACGUGCGAUGAAUUAGGUUAUGUAUCGUCUAGGAAAAAAACAGCAGUGGCGCUGCGGACAUAUCACGGCACGAGUAUAAUUAAAAUCAAUGUAACAGUGCAGUGUUUCGAGACGAACUUCUUUUAGGUGCAUUUAUCUGUUGGGCAAGAAAUGUCGAACGGAUUAACAGUGUUGAAAGAUGAAAAAGACAUCAAGGAAACAAAUUGCAAUAUAUCCAUGGGUAGUGAUUUCAUUCCCCUAUCUCCCACAAAAGGAUCACAGGAAGGACACCUGACAGGGAUGGAGCAGCCAAACAUUUGCAAACAAAUUUUGAAGAGACCUGCUGAAUCGGAAUUUGAAGGUGCAUCUAGUCCAAAGAAGCGUCACAAGAAUCCACAGCCCAAGAAUGCAGUAUGUGCUUUAAAUGAAUUAAAAAGUGGUGCAGUGUAUAAAGUUGUUGACCAAACUGGCCCCACACAUGCUCCAAUAUUUACAAUAGCAGUACAAAUUGAUGGUCAAACUUAUGAAGGCAAAGGACGUACUAAGAAAAUGGCAAAACAUGCUGCUGCUGAACUUGCACUAAGAAAUAUUGUUCAAUUUAGAAAUACACCAGAAGUUCAUCAAGCUAUUAACACUUGUCAACCUUCUAUUCCCCUUGAACCAGAUUUUACGAGCGAUGUCACGGAACGCGAUAAUCAUCUAGUCAAUGCUUUUAAAACUUUAACUCAAGAACCAAAGAACACAAAUAAAUUUUUAGAAAAAGGUCCUGUAGCGCUUAUUAACGAAUUAUAUCCUGGUGUAGUAUAUAAAUGUGUUUCUGACAAUGGUGAAAGCUAUGCAAAAUUUACAAUAUCGGUGACAAUUGAUGGAGAAACAUUCGAGGGAACUGGACCAAGUAAAAAAUUAGCAAAAGCUGCGGCUAGUAAAGCAGCAUUAGCUAAAUUAAGGAACGUUCACAGUUCCUCGUUCUGUAUACCGCUUCCGGUUCGCGUUUUGCCAAACUUCCCCAGUAGUGGCCACUGGCAAGAUCAAAUGUCUUUACCUCAAAUGUUAGCUGAUAAAAUUGGGAAAAUGGUGAAUCAAAAAUUUAGCGAAUUAAUUCAAUUAAAACCGCAACAUGCUCGUCGUAAAGUUUUAGCUGGCAUUGUUCAAACUAAAGGUUCAGAUGCGGAAUUAAUAUGUGUAACAACUGGUACAAAGUGUGUCUCGGGAGAACAUCUAAGUGUCAGUGGUGGUGCACUGAAUGAUUGUCAUGCCGAAGUGGUAGCGAGAAGAUGUUUAUGCGAAUAUUUAUAUAAACAAUUGGAACUUCACACGGAGGACCGGGCUGCGGAAUCUAUUUUAGAACCAGCAAAGAAAGGAUUUAAACUAAAACAAGGCAUUCAGUUUCAUUUGUACAUAAAUACCGCACCAUGUGGUGAUGCAAGAAUAUUUUCACCUCACGAAGAGAAUGAAUCCGUCGACAAACAUCCAAAUCGAAGAGCAAGAGGUCAAUUGCGAACUAAAAUAGAGUCCGGAGAAGGUACCAUUCCCGUAAAAAGCAGCGAGGGUAUUCAAACAUGGGACGGUGUGCUUAUGGGCCAAAGACUGCUGACGAUGUCGUGUUCGGACAAAAUAGCUCGGUGGAACGUACUUGGCGUGCAAGGUGCACUCUUGAGCUACUUCAUCGAGCCAAUUUACUUCCACAGCAUCGUUCUUGGCAGUCUAUUGAACCCAAGCCAUAUGUAUAGGGCGGUCUGCGGACGUAUUGAAAAUACGAUCCAAGGAUUACCGCCUCCAUAUAGACUCAAUAAACCACUUAUGAGUCUUAUUACUUCGUCAGAGGUGAGACAACCUGGAAAAGCACCUAAUUACAGCGUUAAUUGGACAAUCGGUCAACUAGAAGCUGAAGUAAUAAAUUGUACUACUGGAAAAGACGAAUUAGGAAAACCUUCUAGAAUAUCAAAACAAGGGCUGUUCAGAAGAUUUUACAACUUAUUAGGUAAACUUAAUACUAUUGAAGAUGCUGAUAAAAAUCAGUGUCGUCAUUAUUUAGAUGCAAAAUCUUCCGUACAGAAUUACUCGCUUGCCAAGCAUCAGUUGAAGGAAGCUUUCGUAAAGGCACAUCUAGGCAGUUGGGUUAAGAAACCAAUCGAACAAGAUAUGUUUGAAGUUGAUAUCUGACUAAAUCAGGGUAAUGAUAAGAUCUCAGCAGAUGAUACGAUUUUUCGGCUGUCAGACUACGUAGUUCCUACUGCAAACUAGACCACUCGUUCAGCGUGUUAUGAUAUGGCAGAAUGCGGCAUCAGUAAAGCAUAAAUCGUAGGUUCUCAUACAUGUCUGGUGAUUUUGGUUAUACGAUUCUGUCGUAUAUAUCGUGUGUUCAGAGUGUAAAAAAAAAAAAAAAAACACAAGCCCUUGUUGGUUACUGGUUAUCUUGUCUUCGAGCCGUCGAAGGUUUUACGAUUCGAUAGUUGCUCAGUUUAGAUAUAGGAUUAUCAUAACUUUCGAUACUUCGAAUUAUAAUCUUAAUCAAUUAAUUAGUGUGAUGUCAAUUUCGACAAAUUUUAUAGACUGGUAGAUGUAUACAAAAAUAAUAAAUUUUAUUUCGCAACACGAAUCAGGCAAAGAAAGAUUACACGUUGUGAAUUUACUAUUUGCGUAUUGAAUUCGAUCAAUUUUAAUAUUUGACACAUAUCUGAAAAUCAGUUUUACGAUCGGAAAUUUUUAAAGCGGAUAUUUAAUAAUGAAAAAAAAAGUAAAUACCUCUUGGUAAUUACUCUAAAUUAUUCGUAAAGAGAGGGAGAAGAAAAAAAUUUAAAUUGACAAAACAUCUCGGGUUUUUAUUCGUGCCUGCAGUAUUUUCUAGGCUUUAGAAGUAACAGUGAUAUAUAACGUGCAUCAAGUUACAUCCCUAAAGGCUGUGACCGAGUAUAGAAUUGUUAAUGCAAAUUAAAUACUUUGUUGCGAAGUUCAACGAAAUAAGACAGGAAUCGAUUCCUUGUCGGCGCAUUAAAUUUCUUUCGUAUCUAUUUUCGUUUAAAUCCUUCAUUUUUUGUUUUUUUUUUUUUCAAAGGUAUAGCAUUGGAUUAUUUUUUAUACUAAUAAUAAUAAUAAUAAUAAUAAUAAUAAUAAUAAUAAUAAUAAUAAUAAUAAUAAUAAUAAUCGUCGACAAAGAAUCGGCCCUCGACAGUUCGACGUUGUUAUUAUUGGUUUUUAUAGGGAACAAAUGACAGAGGAACUGUGUGAUUAAGAAUUAGCGUGAAAGUAUGGAUGAAUUAUGAGUGUAGAAAUAUAUUAUAUUAAUAAUAGUUUAGAGAAUCCUAAGAUCAUUGCCUCACUGUGCCAGUAUUAUACACUUAAUGCGAUUCUGCCGUAAUGACACACUGCCCGGUGUCGGUCCAGUUUUGCAUGAGAAACUCGACAAAUGUACAAAUUAAUUUCGUUGCAAUAUUUCCUACUAGUAUUAGAAGCAAUCAACCUUCAAAAAAAAAAAAAAAACAAAAAAAAUAUACAUAUAUGAUAGUAUUAUUGAAUUUUAUUUAUAAGAAAAUAUUAAGAUUUAUUUGACGAUAUUAUAUAUCGUAUUUCCGUUUCAUUCCUUUUUUUUAAACAAUGAUUCCAUCGGUGUAAAAAUAUUUAGUAACAAGUCGGAACCAAACAUGAUAUAAUGCCAAAGAUAAGCUAAUUUAACCGAUGUUCGCUUAUUUUUUAAUAAAUUUUAUUAUUAUUGUUUAAUGUAAUUUAUAUACUUCUUUAUAUUGACAUGUUAUGUCACCGACGAUUAAUUGUUCUUGGCGCUUCAUGUAUAAAAGAACAAAUUUUAUGAAUAAUCGCAUUUCGCUGCUUGCUUCUUGCCUUUUGCAUAUAUUAAAUGUGAAUUUAAUCUUUAUGAACACGCAUUUAAAUUACUUAUAAUUACAUAUAAUAUGUACUAACUUUUUCGUCCAAAAUAACCAAAUUAGCAUUUCACUCGUAAAAAUAAUCUUUUUAAUCUGGAUCGACUGUAUUUACGGAAUUAAUUUGUGGUGUAUCGAGCGAGAGAGAGAGAGAGAGAGAGAGAGAGAGAGAGUGAGUGAGAGAAAGAGAGGUAAAAAGAAAAAAGGCAGGUGUACACGCAAAUAGUAUCAUAGAUAAAGAAUACAUUUUAAAAAAAUCGCCAAAAAAUGCGUGACACGAAAGACAAAUUUAAAAAUCACGUAUUUAUCGUUUUCUCGCAUCGUAUAAAAUCAUUAGUAAGUUUUACGACAGUAUUUUAAAUUUUUAGAACGAUAGUAUUUUUAUUAUGUAGAAAGUAAUCGGUUUUUCUUGACUCUUCCGUAACUUUCACCUAUCUUUGUGAAUCACGUCGCGUAUACACUUUAUAUAUACGUAUGUAUAAUAUAUAUUACAUUAUUAUACACGCUGAUCCGAUAGAAAUACCAUUUAGUGAUCAGUGAUCAGAAACUUGGAGUGAGCAUAAUAGCUAUUAAUUAAUUUUAUUAGUCCUAGUUAAUCAAUCUUUGACACGAUUUUCGAUUCUUCUCCGAUCCGUAUUCGGGGAAAAAAUAUAGUUUUAGAAAUAUCGGUCAUAAUACGAUCUCUCGUAGUCGGCUAGAAUUUAAGCUUGACUAGUGCCUCUAGUUGUAACUCUAUAAUUCAUAAGUAAUAUCGAUAUAGGCCAAAAAAUAUCAAAUAAAUUACCAUUUAUUUACCAAAUAUUGGUCGUUAUCUUGCAAUCAUCCCUGUUAAGUUUUAGAAUGCAUCUCGAACAAAAGAGGGGGGAAAAAAUUAAGGGAAAAGAAAAAGAGAAUAAAAUGCUUGAUCGUUACAAUUGUUCAUAUGCGUUUUAUCGUACAUUUCGAAAUUUUAGCCGAUAUUGCGUCAUUUUAGAGAUAGCAUAAAUAUAAAUUAUCAUAUGCGUUAUAAUUUUUGAUAUCCAUUCCAGAUAGGAAAAUACAACUUGUGUUCGUAGUUUGUAGAAAAUUAAUAUUGUUAUUUUUUUAUUUUUUUAAAUGCAUGCUUUUUUGCUACUUGCUUUAUAGCCUUGAAUGCCAUUUUAUCAUUUGCGCAAAUUAAAACUGUAAUUAUACAUAUAUAUAUAUAUAUAUUACGAAUUUACUUUAUAUUUAUACAAACAGAUAGAUUGAUGAACGAAGGGCAAGGAUAAAAAAAAAUUCCAUCGUCUUUUUUUUUUUUUUGAAACUGUAUAUUAAUUACAUCGUUACUGUAUAUUAUAUAUUCUUCUUCUGUUAAUAGUCUAUUAAUGAUGCUGUACCUAUCGUACAGCUAUCGUUUAUCGCGCUUCGCACAUGAAUCCCUCGACAGGCCUUCUUUCUUGAGAAUUCAAUGAACUCUUCAGCUCGUCGAUAAACAGCGGAAACGACUGAAUCGAAUUUGAGCUACUUCAGUCUUGUCGAACGCGAGAACUUGUUAAGAAAAAAAAAAAAAAAAAGAAACUUGUAACAGACACGCGAUAAUAGUGUAAUACACAUAAAUAGAAUAAAAGAUCUGAAUCCGUGUUCUCAAUCCGCGAUCUCAUCGUGUUUCUUUAUCUUUGGAGAAAUAUCAGGGACGAAAAGAAUAAUUUAUCGAUCGUUCGAGCGAUGAUAUCGAGCGAGACGAAGCGACCACGUGCGAAGCGACUGUUCCUCGAACAUUACAUCGAUUUUUUUUUUCAUUUACUUAAUCAUCAAUUUCAAAUAUGAUAUGUAUCGAGUUCGCCAAAUGUUCCUUUUCAUGCAUUUUCAUCCCUAUAAUAUAUAUUUAUAUAUAUAUAUCCUCCAUUUUAGUUACGGUGGCUGUUACGAAAUAUAUAUGGGUGAAAAGUAUGCUCGAGCAAAAGUCGCUCAAAAAGAAGAAGAAGAGAAAAAGAAAGAGGAAGAAAAUCGAGAAAGAGAUAUUAAUAGAGGUGAAAUUAAAAUUAAAAUCCACCGUGUUUCCUUCGAUAAUAGUAAGAUUGAUUUAAUCUUAAUUCGUAAGACGUAGCAAUGCUACGAUCCCCUACAAUAUAUCCGAAUAAUAAUAUCCCUUCAGUUCCUACGUUUUUCACAUUUAGAAUAGUUCUUGCCGAAAUUUCAUAUCGCUUAAAUUUACGUGGUAGGAAGACUUGGAGUAAAACACAUCGUUCAAGAUUGUUGUCCUGUUGACAGUGACUUGCAAUGUAUGCUUGUCAAGAGUUGUACUCGAUUUAAUAGCGAGCUUGUUGUCGAAGAAACGCGAAACAAAUCACUGAUAACUUAUCUGUAUUUAGUUCGAGCACGCCUUUCACCGGAUACCGUGUGUAACAGUGUAACAAAUCUAACAGGCUUGACGGCGAUUAUUUUUUUUCUUUUUCUUUUUCUUUUUUUUUUUUCUUUUCUUUCUUUUUAAAUCUACGAAAGCAAAUGAUAAAUGGACCGCUAGAAGCAAUGUCGAACGAAGUAAAACCGUGUUUAAAUUAUCGGAAAAAUCAUGCGAGUCGAGUAUGAUCGACCGAUUAUUUCUAAGCGUUGAAUCCAUCCAUCCAUCCGUGCUUAUUCGACCAUUCCUCUAUAUUGCGUUUCGAUGAUUAAUCGAUAAGUGAUCCCAUUGUGUAUCGUGCACGUGCAUAUUUGUCGCGAGACGAAUCCACGUUUUUUCCUUUUUUUUUCUUUUUUUUUUUUUUCCAUCGCGCGAUUACAACAUUGGUUAUUAAAUAGAUAACACGAUUACGAUUAUUGGCCAAUAAUACACGGCCAUAUACGGCCGUUACUAUCUACUUGAUUUCGGUGGAAGGUGUCCUCGAAAAAACCAGUGUUCAGUCCAGGGGAACGAUCGAAACGAGUAAACAAAACAUCACCCCCCUGCGUACGACACGUGUUCGUUCAUUCGCGAUUACACGAUUACGAUUUAAUUAAUGUAAUUGUAGCGAUAAUGUUAAUGCAAUACCGAGCUAAAAAGCACUGUGACACUCUGUGAAACUCUACAUGCCUUACGAUUUGUAAAUCUCGUACAUACGUACGUACGUACGUAUGUUGUAUGUAUGUAUUUGUGUAUGUAUGAAUAUGUAAGGUGUCAACAUGCUAGCUUGUGCCUCGGGAAAUGAGAUUCGUUUUAGGUUGUUUACCCGAAUCAAAUCGAACGGAAUGUAGAAAACUCUAAAUCGGGAUUGGAUUCGAAUCUGAACCGAUUCAACGUACGAACACGCACUUCUUUCAAUUUCGAAUGCUUUUCACAUUGAAAGAGGAAUGGAAUCGAGUGCGUUUGAGGCGAACGUUUCCUGCCGAAAUGAGAAUUAAGGAUAAACGGAUAAAGAGGAGGAACAACCGAUGGCUCGAACGUAAAAAUUUCGAUGUCGAUUCGGGCGGAGGCGCAAUAUUAAUAAUAAUUAUUUCGAGUUUUUCAGCCCACGCUUUAUCACGGAUCCGCUUAAUCGUUCUUCCAUAAUCAACAAUUUAUCAUACACCUAUAUCACGGGAUUAAACGUGUUAAUGCUUAAUAAAACUGUACUUUGAUAGACUACUCGAUAUACUAUAAUAGUAAUAAUAAUAAUAAUAAUAAAUAAUAGUAAUAAUAA